AUGGGAGCAAAGCCUCGCCCUUCGAGAUCAGUCUCUCCUCAUGGCCAGGCCCUUAGUGAUGGCGGCCGCUCUCCUUCGUCUGCAGCACCAAGGACGUUGGCUCCCAGACCGCCAUUGAAGCCUAGAAAAUCAGUCAAAGAGCUCGAAGCCGAAUAUCACGAUUCCGACGAGGAUGUGCCCGAAGAUGCCGUCAUCUGGAAUGUCCCCAUCUCUCCACGCCCACCGAUGCAUUCAACUCCCGCGAGUCCCACGAGGGCCGUUUCCACCAGUCUUACCCCAGAAAUGAAGCCGACAGAUGAAAGCACAACACUGAAAGAGGAGGCUCCCCGAUCUGCCAUGCGGCCAAGCCUGCAUCACAGCGCUACUGUGAGCGCCUUCCCUCCGGAGCCUGCCUCGCCCAGACUUCAACGCGGCAGGACUUGGAAUGAAGACCUCAGCGAGGAGGCUCGCGAGGUUGCGGCCGCUCUCGAAGAACACGCCGAACGCGUCUCGGAAGAAAGACGCCGUUCCACGCGCAACAGCACCAAUGGCAGCCCUCCUCGGCCUACCAUGAAGCUCAGAACAAAAACCAGUGUUAUGGAAUUGCCUCCGCUGCAAAAAGGAAAUGUCAUGAUUGAUCCCCUUCCAAUCAGCAAAGAGAAAGAGGCUGUGCUCACAAGGACACGUCCAUCGUGGUUACCACCCAAAAGUCAGAAAGAAGAGAAGAAGCAUAUAAAGGAGUGGGAGAGGAUGAUGGCUGCAGCUGAAGCAGCCGAGAAGAAACGCCUCGCCAAAGAAGCAGAGCAACAACAGCAGCGCAAGCAUGUUGAGAGCAACAUUGCCCGCAUCUGGGAGCAGCACGUCAUUCCCAACUGGGACGACGUGGUCAAGGAGCCCAGGACUCGCGAGCUUUGGUGGCGCGGUGUCACUCCAAGAGACAGAGGCACCGUUUGGAGCAAGGCCGUUGGCAAUGAGCUGUCUUUGACCGAAGCCUCGUAUGCCAACGCUCUCAAGCGGGCUCGCGCAUUGCAAUCCUCCGUCAACAACCUUCCUGAAGAGGAACGCUCCAAGCACGUCGACGCAGGUUGGCUGGCUGCCAUUUCGCGCGACGUCCCCACUGUCUUCCCUGAACUCGGUAUCUUCGGUCCUGGUGCACCGCUCCACGCUACUCUGGAAGAUGUAUUGCUCGCCUACUCCGCCUAUCGCAGCGAUGUUGGCUACGUUUAUGGAGUGCACACAAUUGCUGGCCUACUCGUACUCAACAUGAGUGCGUCAUCCGCGUUCAUCACUCUUGCUAACAUGCUGAACCGACCUCUGGCUCUUGCCUUUUUGAUCAAUGAUCAGGCAACUGUUUCGCGCAUCUACUCAACUGUACUUUCAACUCUCAAGUAUAAGAUGCCUCGCUUGCACGAACAUCUGACCAGUCCUGAGACUGGUUUCAAGGGACCUGAAGAGUGGCUGCAUCCUUUCCUCGCUACACUCGGCACACAACUUCUCAGCCCUGACUCCUGCAGUCGUCUCUGGGACAUCGCUGUUUUCGAAGGCGAUAAGACAUUCGUACGCGCUGCAGUCGGUGUGCUGGCAUUGCUCGAGAGCAGACUAUACGGACCCAGAGAAGAACUUCUGUCUCUCAUCGGCUGGGGCGCCCGCCCCCUGGAGUUCGAAGAAGAACAAGUCAUUGUCGCCAUUCGCGAAGCCGGCAAAAUCUCUCCCCACAGUUCCAGCCCCGAUCUCAACGGCAACAAGCGAUAG